GCAGCGCCCCCUUCAGGCCGCGCCUCCCCACAAACUCACUCACCGGAAGGAGUUUUCACGUAACCAUAAUUCUAAAGAUGGCGGCGCUGGUUGCACCUCGCCUGGCCUCACUUGGCUGCUUUUCAACAAGGCCCAUUGUAGUUUUCAGCAUUCAGCAGAAGAGUUUGCACAACAGCGCUAAAGGCGAGAAUGCCACCACGAGUGUGGUCCCAGUCAGAGAGAAGAGCACAGCGGUGGCUGCAGCCAAACCGGCUGCUGCAGCCAGCAGCAAGGGGGAGUAUGUCAUCACCAAGCUGGAUGACCUGGUCAACUGGGCACGCAGGAGCUCUCUGUGGCCAAUGACAUUUGGCCUGGCAUGCUGUGCGGUGGAGAUGAUGCACAUGGCGGCACCCCGUUACGACAUGGACCGCUUCGGCGUGGUGUUCAGAGCCAGUCCACGACAGGCCGACGUCAUGAUCGUGGCAGGAACACUGACCAAUAAGAUGGCUCCAGCUCUACGGAAGGUGUAUGACCAGAUGCCAGAGCCAAGAUACGUCAUUUCCAUGGGAAGCUGCGCCAACGGAGGAGGUUACUACCACUACUCCUACGCUGUUGUCAGAGGCUGCGAUCGCAUCGUCCCGGUGGACAUCUAUGUUCCAGGCUGUCCCCCCACUGCAGAGGCGCUCCUGUACGGGACUCUACAGUUGCAGAAGAAGAUCAAGCGUGAGAAGAAAAUGACGAUCUGGUAUAGGAAGUGAAAAUUUAGCAUGCGUGUGUUUUGCUUUGUAAAUGUUGUAUAAUUCAGGGUGUCUCCUGGAGCCCCGCUCCUCCUCCAUGUAGAGCAGCAGGAACUAACUUUAAUAAAGUCAUUACUGUCAUUUACACGAGGUGCGCUCCCACUUCUUUUCUGCUCAGCACCAAGGAGAUUUCCCAGUAGUGCUGCUCAGUACACAGUUGAUUCAGCUGUUCUUUGUUUGGGCUCAUUCAGGAUAGUCUGUCCAGUCUGUCCAGGUUGCUGUUUCUGUAUCAGGAUAUACUGUCUGAUUUUAAUGCCCACAAAUUCUGUUGUAACAUUAAAAGUAAAAAAUGCCAUGCAUAAAGUCAUUUUUGCAAGUUUUCUCAUUUUCAAUAUCAAACUCAAUGUUUUUUAAAAAUCAGAUUCUUAAUUCAAGAUGGAGGUUCUUUUAUUCAGUGUCAAUAAUAAGCUCAAGUGAAAAGGCAUUUGUACUAAUGAGACCCUACCUCUUUGUCAUUUAGCCACCAUGAUUGUUAGUAUCCAGUCUCAGCCACUAAGUGGCGCUUGUGAGUUGUGAACCACAGUUUCUGCAGCCACAUGCCCAGAUCUCUCUCUCUCACACACACACACAUACACACACAUACAGUGGCCUAAGGCAUGGUAGAUAUGAAAGGAAGGAACAGGCAAAUGUAUUGAGUUGUAAAUCCUCUCGGCGGGCAAUUGAGCCUCAUACUCCUGUUAUAUUACUGUUAGUGUGAGGCCUGCGUUCUGUUUACAGACAGACAGCAGAGGUUAUCAGCAGAGGCCAAAUGCUUUUCAUGGUGUGCUGGUUAUCAAAGUGCAGUCAUGCUAUAUUGGACAACUAUGCAAAUACAAAAUGAGAAAGUGAAAUGCUGUCAUGCCAAAAAUGCCAAAACACCACCAGGUUAAAGAGCAACAUGGCUCCACAUCCUGUAUGUGUGUUUUGUGUGUGUGAAGUCUGCAGCGGUGUUCUGUGUGAUCAGAUAUUACUAUAAGCUACUCUGUUCAUGUAUAGGCUUGUAAAACUACAAGGAAUUGAUAUUAUGCAUCGAAAAUAUGUUUUUAACUACAGUUUUUCUGGAUCAACAAAGAUCUCUGGUUCAGUUCCCACAGCGGCCACAUGUCCAAGUGUCCUUGAGCAAGACACUUAAUCCCUGACCCACUCAUUUAUUUGUACAUGCACUAGAUUAAGUCUUCAUUAAAUGCCUAAAAUGUAAAAUGCAUCAAGUAUGUGCUAGUUAACAGUGUGGUGUUGCUCUAUGAUGGAUGUGCAAAUCCCACCAAAAUAAAGUGAAACUAUAACGUUA